AGGUCGAUCCCCAGACCUUGAAUCAGUAGGCUCUGGGACAAAAAUGUCCACCGUCUCAUCAGGUGGUGGGCCUCAGGAUCGAAAGGAGUUUCUUCGUAGAUUUGUAGACUGUAAAAUUCUAGCUUCAAACCUUGAGGACUGGUUUGAAGAAAUAGCUGAAAAUUCAGCAUACAAAAACACCUGCUUUUGACGUUCCAUUCGAGUUGAUAGAUCUUCAGAAGUUUGAUUAUGCAUUGGAAGGGGUUUCCUUUCAGCAGCUGAUUAGAAUGCCAAGUGCUGUUUAUGCUUCAGCAUCUGGUGCCGUGGAAGCAACCACUUAUCUUGCUAUCGAGGAUUUUCUUCAUGCAAGUGUAAAGGGCUUGUGGGAGGCAUUUUGGAGUCUGGAUGAGCCUAUGCCUUUUUAUGUCCCCUGUCUGUACGACGCAAACUUAAAAUUCUACCCCGUUGAAAAAGCAAUUGCUAAAGGGAAACUUGGAGGUCUCAGUGCCACGGCUGUAAUGUUAAAGAACCCCAGACAUCCACAUGGGAAGUGGGAUGAUGUUCUUGAAUUGGCACUUCUAAGGCCUGAUAUUGGAAGUCUCGGGGUUGAGGCUGGGCAUAAACCUUUUCUAUCAGUUAUAGGUGAAGCGCUAUUUUAUGCACUUCGCGUAUUAGUAUCAAGAAACGUCAGCAGGUCGAAUAUUCCUCUGAGUUUGAAUUCUGUUUUUGUUCUUCUCGUCGAUUCUCAAUAUGGUGGGGUUGUGAAAGUUGAAGGAGAUGUGAAUAAGAUGGAUUUUGAUGCAAAUAAUGUUUAUGGAUGUGCUGCUGAAUGGAUUAAAAAUUAUUCACGAAUUUCAGUUUCCCCAAUUGAUAGGAUCUGGAACAAGCUUGGCAAUGCUAACUGGGGAGAUAUCGGUGCUCUACAGGUACUUUUUGCAACCUUUCAUUCAAUCGCACAAUAUGCUGGAAUGCCCAAGAACUCAGUUGAAGAUUUAGCUGCUGACCACAGUUCUCGUCUUCAAACAAGAAGAAUUGAGAGGCAGUUGGGGGAUAACAGAGUAAAUGGAAAUGGUGUAUUCCGGUUCCAGCAGGGCAGUGUUUCCCCUGAAAUUGUUGAAGUCCAGGAGGAAUCCCUCAGAAUUGAGUCUGAAAAGUCAAUGAAACUAGAAGUAGGAUCUGUCCUAUGGCUGGAAGAUUCGAACUGGCAAAAGGGUUAUCAGAUUACUGGACUGAUCAAUGAUGAAAUCUCAUAUUAUAUUGCCUCUUCUGUUGAAGAUACGGGGAAGGCUCUGUUUCUGUAUGUUGGCUCACAUCCUUCUCAGCUGGAACCGGCAUGGGAAGAUAUGAAAUUGUGGUAUCAGGUUCAGAGGCAGACUAAAGUAUUGACUGCUAUGAAACAUAAAGGGAUAUCCUGCAAGUAUCUCCCACAACUGCAUGCAUCUGGAAGAAUAAUUCACCCUGGUCAAUGUCGGAGACCAAGCUCAGGUGGAAACUGUGAUCACCCUUGGUGUGGGACACCAAUCCUUGUAACCAGCCCAGUUGGUACGACAGUUUCGAAUAUGGUGAGACUUGGCCAAUUUGGCUCAGAAGAGGCUGUUAGGUGUUGCCAUGAUUGCUUAUCUGCCCUUUCCACUGCCACAUCUGCUGGAAUCCGACAUGGUGACAUCCGGCCUGAGAAUGUUAUUUGCGUGAGGUCUGGUGUGAGGCAGCCUUAUUUUGUCCUUGUUGGUUGGGGGCAUGCCAUAUUAGAAGAGAGGGAUCGUCCAGCAAUGAAUCUUCAUUUCUCAUCUACUUAUGCCCUCCAGGAGGGGAAGCUAUGUGCUGCUUCAGAUGCAGAGAGCCUGGUCUAUUUGCUUUAUUUUGCUCUGGGUGGGGAUUUGCCUGACAUGGAUUCAGUUGAGGGGGCUCUGCAGUGGAGAGAAACAUCUUGGUCAAAGAGGUUGAUUCAGCAGAAGCUUGGGGACAUCUCUGCUGUCUUGAAAGCAUUUGCUGAUUAUGUUGACAGUCUAUGUGGGACGCCGUACCCUCUUGAUUAUGAUAUUUGGCUAAGAAGGUUGAGGAGGCAUAUACAUGAAGACGACCAUGGGAAGGCCAUUGAUACAUCAAGUUAGGUUUGUUUCCACCAGCUGCAGCGGUAGAUUGGAAUACUAGUACUUCAUGAGAUUGGUUUCUACAGCAUAACAACUGGAGCUUGUAGUUUGGCUGGGACAGUUGGUUUAAAGUGCCUUUUCUUCCAAUUUGAGUGUGUCGACUUUGUCCUCUGGAGCAGCUAGAGAGUAAUUUAUGUUUUCUUGUUUGAUGGUUGGUUGCUCCUUGUUCCAUGUUUGCACGGACAAGCCAUAUUACCUGAGCUUUCGACGACUACCGAGGAUACAAUGCCCGUUAAUCAUCUCGUGCUUGUUGUGCAUGCAGUUUUGUAGUACUGCAGAGGAUAUAAAUUUCCAAUGGUUUUGCCAUUGUGAUGGUUGUUAAAAUGUUGUAUCGACUCAUUAUUUCCUGUAAAGAUAGGAGGUGUUGAGAUCUUUGUGAGAUGUGUGAUUGUUUAGUUUGUGGAUAAUGGCAUGUAAGGGGUAUUUUGUAAAUGGCUUUUGUAUCUUCUGCUGUUUCUCUCAGAUCCACACACUAUCUAUUACCUUCCUUUUAUGGCCACAUGAAAAACCACAAAAAAUAUAAAUUGGAAAAUUACUCACCCCGUCGUUGUGGUUUUGCUGGAAUGAGA